AUGUUUAGGAAUUUUCCAAAAUUAGAUGGAAUCCUUCUCAAUAAAGCAAUGAAAAAUAAUAAUAAGGCAAAGUAUAGCGCAUCAUCGAGUAGCCUUCCAACGAAAUCGGAUGUGGUGAACGAUCAACCAUUUACAAUUACACCUGAUGUUUCCGCUGAUGAAGGCUCAUUUGAACAUGAAAAUUCUUAUAUUGGAUCUGAAGAUACUGAAACUUCAUAUAAAGAAAUAUCCACUUCAAAUUCCGUUUUGAAUUCGUCUGAUGCCGACUUUAUUUCUCAUAUUCUAAAUUCGAAGUUUAUUACGAAUUCCGUUGAUGUUCAAUUGUCGAAUGACCACGAUGAUGACGAGCAAAGUGCUAAAAUUACUGAAAAGAUUAAAAAUGCUUUAACUCCAGCUUCACAACCAGGAAAGUCAUCUUUCUUCGAAUUUAGAUGGUAUCCUGCAAUUUGUUUGCUGAUAAUUUCUUCUCUUCUGAUGAUUGGUUUUUGUACUACUUUGGGCUAUCGCUUAUACGUUCUGGAAAUGAAAAAAAUGCAAAAGGAAUCAAAUUUUUUAUGUGAUAGUCUAUUGGCUUUGAAUUCUUGGAUUCAUUUGGAUUUGACAGAUCAUCUUAAUUGUGUUCGUCCUAUUGAUUUGUCACUUACGGCAAAAAUGAAGAAUGAAAGUGGGAAACUCGUCCUAGAAAUCUAUUCGGUUUUGUUAAAUUCAGUACAGAUUUAUUUCAAUCAGAUCUUGUGUUUGUUCAGUUAA